AGACCUCUCGCCACGUUGGCCGCUGCAGUGUGGGCGCAGGCACACGCGGGCUUCGCCUCUGUGAUCUCAGGCCGGGCAUUGAUUUCUGUGGCUGUAACUACUGCUGCAGAAACUAAUAACAGCGUCAUAGCCACUCACGGAUUCACGCAGUCCUUUUCCAUCACCGGAGAAUCAUGGCGGACACUGACGCCGACAAGUUGUACCGGGCAGAAUACGCCAAAAGUGGCCGCGCUUCGUGCAAGAAGUGCAAAGACAACAUAGCUAAAGACUCCCUGAGGAUGGCCAUCAUGGUGCAGUCGCCCAUGUAUGACGGGAAGGUCCCUCAUUGGCACCACUUCUCCUGCUUCUGGCAGCGUGCAGCGGUCCACUCUGUCGCCGACAUCGCUGGUUUCGCUGACCUCCGCUGGGCAGACCAGGACAAGGUGAAAAAGGCCAUAGACAGCGGUGGAGCUGUGGGAGUUGGAAAAGGCGACCAGAAAGGCGGAGCAAAAGGUGAGAAGACGCUGAACGACUUUUCGGUGGAGUAUGCCAAGUCGAACCGCAGCACAUGCAAAGGCUGCCUACAGAAAAUAGAAAAGGAUCAAAUCCGUAUCUCGAAGAAGGCCGUUGACCCAGAGAAGCCUCAGCUGGGUCUGAUCGACCGCUGGUACCACACGGCGUGUUUCGUGAGCAGCAGGGAGGAGCUGGUCUUCAAACCCGAGUACAGUGCUGCCCAGCUCAAGGGUUUUGUCACGCUACGGGCUGAAGACAAGGAGGAGCUCAAGAAGAGGCUUCCAGCUGUGAAAUCAGAGGGCAAACGUAAAUCCGAUGAGGUGGAUGGAGUGUCAAAGAAACAGAAGAAGGAGGAAGAGGAGGAGAAGCAAAAGCUGGACGAACAGUUAAAGGUCCAGAGUCAGUUGAUAUGGGGGAUCAAGGACAAGCUGAAGAAAUACUGUUCAGUGAACGACAUGAAGGAGCUGUUGAUUGCCAACAAACAGGAAGUUCCUUCUGGCGAGUCCAAUGUGAUCGACACUCUGUCUGACGGUAUGGCCUUCGGGGCUCUGGAGCCCUGUAAAGAGUGUCAGGGUCAGCUGGUCUACAAAGGGGACGCCUACUAUUGUACAGGAGACAUUUCAGCCUGGACUAAGUGUGUGUUCAAGACCACCACGCCUGCACGCAAAGACUGGGUUGUCCCAAAGGAAUUCAGUGAGGUGUCUUUCCUUAAAAAGUUCAAAUUCAAGCGCCAGGACAGGCUUUACCCCAAGGAAACUCCCACUCAGAUGGUGCCAGCAGCUGUAGCUAAACCUCUGGCCAGUGUGUCCAGUGCUCCGACAGAGCUUCCACUAGAGGGAGUUCCUUCAGAUAAACCAUUGACUGGUAUGAAACUCAUCUCUGUGGGCAAACUGAAAAAGAACAAGGAUGAUUUGAAAACGUUCGUGGAGGAGUUGGGUGGAAAGAUGACGGGCACGGCCAGUAAGGCCUCGCUCUGCCUCAGCACCAAGAAAGAGGUAGACAACAUGAGUAAGAAAAUGGAGGAAGUGAAGGAUGCUGGAGUGCGUGUGGUGUCUGAGGAUUUCCUCACAGAUGUCAAGUCCUCAGGGAAGGCUAUGCAGGAACUGGUCACUCUGCAUGCCAUUUCACCAUGGGGAGCAGAGGUCAAGAUGGAGGCUCAGGCUCCGUCCGUGGCCUCCAAGUCUGGAGGUCUGUCGGCCAAGAGCACAGGGAGGGUGAAGGAAGAGCAAGGUGACGUUUCCUUUGGUGGUGGCAGCAAAGCCAAGAAGAUGAAACUGACAGUUAAAGGAGGAGCUGCUGUGGAUCCAGAUUCAGGACUGGAGAACAGCGCGCACGUCCUGGAGCAGAGUGGGAAGAUGUACAGCGCCACCCUGGGGCUGGUGGACAUCGUCAGAGGAACUAAUUCCUACUACAAACUGCAGCUGCUGGAGGACGAUGUGCAGAAAAGGUACUGGGUGUUCAGGUCUUGGGGCAGGGUGGGCACCACCAUUGGAGGCAACAAGCUGGACAAAUUUCAGGACAAGAAUUCGGCCGUGGACAACUUCCUGACCGUGUACAAGGAGAAGACGGGCAACACGUGGUGCGCGUCCAACUUCACCAAAUACCCCAACAAGUUCUACCCUCUGGAGAUCGAUUAUGGACAGGACGAAGAGGCGGUGAAGAAGCUGACUGCCUCAGCUGGCACCAAGUCCAAGCUCGCCAAACCAGUGCAGGAACUGAUCAAGAUGAUCUUUGACGUGGAGAGCAUGAAGAAGGCCAUGGUGGAGUUUGAGAUUGACCUGCAGAAGAUGCCUCUUGGAAAGCUGAGUAAGAGGCAGAUCCAGAGCGCCUACUCUCUUCUCACUGAAGUACAGCAGGCUGUGUCAGAUUGUGUACCAGAGUCACAGAUCCUGGAUCUGUCCAACAGAUUCUACACCCUGAUACCUCAUGACUUUGGCAUGAAGAAACCACCGCUGCUCAACUCUCUGGACUACAUUCAAGCUAAAGUUCAGAUGUUGGACAACCUGUUGGAUAUCGAAGUGGCCUACAGUCUGCUCAGAGGCGGAGCUGAGAGCAACGAUAAAGAUCCCAUCGACAUCAACUACGAGAAGCUCAAAACCAAGAUUGAGGUUGUGGACAAGGCCUCAGAGGAAGCUAAGAUACUUUUGGACUACGUCAAGAACACACACGCUGCUACGCACAACACCUACACACUGGAAGUACAAGAGAUCUUCAAAAUUGUUCGUGAGGGAGAGCACCAGCGGUUCCGUCCGUUCGAGGAGCUUCACAAUCGCCAGCUGCUGUGGCACGGCUCUCGCACCACCAACUACGCUGGUAUCAUGUCUCAGGGUCUUCGUAUUGCACCCCCAGAGGCUCCUGUGACCGGUUACAUGUUCGGCAAAGGUGUGUACUUCGCUGAUAUGGUGUCCAAGAGUGCAAACUACUGUCACACCUCCCAGUCUGAUCCUGUUGGUCUCCUGCUGCUGGCUGAAGUGGCACUGGGUAACAUGCAUGAACUGAAGAAAGCCUCCCACAUCACCAAACUACCUAAAGGCAAACAUAGUGUUAAAGGUUUGGGUAGAACUGCUCCUGAUCCUAGAGAUUCUUUUAAUAUGGACGGUGUGCAAGUGCCUCUGGGAAAAGGAGUCUCCACCAACAUUGAUGACACGAGUCUACUUUACAACGAGUACAUUGUUUAUGAUGUAGCACAGAUUAAUAUGAAGUAUCUCCUGAAGACAAGGUUCAACUACCAGACGUCCCUGUGGUGAGACGGAUGCUAUGCACACCCCAAAAUACCAUUAUGGCCUCCAUACACACCCUGGCUUCAGUGAUGUGACACAACCUACAAUGGCUAUGAAGAACAUCAGACUUAUCGUUUGUUUUAUCAUAUUUCAAGCUAACUCUACCUUUAGCCUGACUUGAUGUACUUUAAUACCGUCAUUCUUGGCUUAAAUCACUGCUCUCUCAGUAUUUAGAGUACGGUGGUUUCAUAUCACCUUGGUUUCAGUUUAGUAUAAUAGUUUUCUGUCAUAAUAACCUUUGAAUUUAAGCUUUAAAACUCUAGCCGUAGUUCAGCAGAAAUAGUUUUGAGCUUUUCACCCAGGCUACCCUCGUCUCAAAGAUUCUCCAGUAGAAUCGACAAGAAGAUGAAUGUUUUGUCACAUGCUGGGGUUCAAAGAUACUGUACAAUGUUUAAGCUGUAUAUACAUAUUUUUUGUUUGUUUCUCAAGCUGUCUUCCGUCCUGGUAAAAAAGAAAAGAAAAAACAUUGUAGUUUACAGUUAUAACAAACUGUCUUCUGUUAAAAAAGAAAGAUGCCAUGAUAUAUGGUACACCUAGUUUUGUUUUUUCUUGCUAACCUUAAAAUAAAAGAUUUAAAAUCAAA